AUGGAAGAAACACAAAGAGAGUUUCACCAUGAAGAAGACGAAGAACAUGCAGACAUAAAUAUCUGGAAGUACAUAUUGGGCUUUUCAGAAAUGGCUGUAGUCAAGUGUGCCAUUGAUCUUAGGAUAGCUGAUGCCAUUGAAAGCCAUGGAAGCCCCAUUGCACUCUCGGACUUGUCUUCAACUCUAGGAUGUGCUCCUUCCCCACUCUAUCGCAUUAUGAGGUUCCUAAUGCACCGUGGAAUAUUCAAAGAGAAACUCACUACCCAAGGCUCCCCAGGUUAUGCACAAACGCCUCUAUCUCGGCGUUUGAUGAUUGAGAAGGCUCAUGGUGAAGAUUUAUGGAGCUAUACAGCAGCAAAUCCUGAUCAUAGCCAGCUCUUCAAUGAAGCAAUGGCUUGUGAUGCAAGGCUGGUGGUGCCAGCGAUGAGUCAAGGUUGUCCAGGAUUAUUUGAUGGGCUUAGCAGUUUGGUAGAUGUGGGUGGAGGCAAUGGAACCACUAUAAAGUUGUUGGUUAAGGCAUGUCCAUGGCUUCAAGGCAUCAACUUUGAUCUUCCUCAUGUUGUCUCUGUUGCUGCAGAGAUCAGCGGAGUUGAACAUGUUGGGGGUGAUAUGUUUGAAAGUGUUCCAAAGGCCGAUGCUGCUUUCAUAUUGUGGGUUCUGCAUGAUUGGGCAGACAAAGAGUGCAUCCAAAUCCUUAAAAAAUGCAAAGAAGCAAUUCCAGAGGACAAGGGAAAGGUAAUAAUUGUUGAUGCUGUGAUCCAAGAACAAGAGGAAAUGGACAAGCUAACUGAUGCAAGGUUGAUGCUAGACAUGGUGAUAAUGGCCCAUACAACUACGGGCAAAGAGAGGACCUUGAAAGAGUGGGGAUUUAUUCUUGGAGAAGCUGGAUUUAGUAGAUACACAGUGAAAUCAAUUCGUGCUUUGCAAUCUGUAAUUGAGGCAUUUCCAUAA